UCGUUCUUGCUUAGUGGUUAAGGCGUUAAGCUGCUCUGGUCAGUCGGUCACUCGUCACGGCUAACAAGGACACGCGAUCGUCAGCACGACACCGCUUUUACCCACUCCACGCGCACAAAACAAAAUUAAAAUCCCAGUACUUCAAAAUUUGUAAGAAAUUAAAAGAAGAAAAAAGAUCCUGUAAUUGUUCUCUUCCAAUUCCGUCUUCAAUUCAAUUUAUAUAUUUUCCGGCGAAAUCAGAAAUAAAUACUGCAUCAUGUGGGUGGAGAUCAUCUGUGGACUCAUCGUUUACCGGUUGUUCCGGCGCUUCUUCUACGAUGACGAUGUUUUAGAGGUCGAAACCUCUGAUUCUAAUGCUAUUUUCUCCGUCGCCAAUAGACUUGAAAAGCUUUAUGGUGGAAAAGUGUAUGUGGGGCUUCACAUUCCGGAUGCUGACACUGGUUCUCGACAGAAUAUCGAUAUGGUUCUUGUUACUAAAGGAGAGGCGGCAGUUAUUUCUGUCAAGAAUUUAGCAGGGUUUGUUUCUAUAAGUGAGGAUGGUAGCUGGGCUUGUGAAGGUGUCGGUAGCCACAGGGCAGAGCGUCAUCCUGAUCCUGUUGCAGAGGCUAAAAAACAAGCUUCCGUCCUAGAGUCAUAUCUUGAACAAAGGGGUGUUGCUUUACCAGAAGGAUAUUUUUCUUACAAAGUUGUAAUUCCCAAUCCAAAAUUCCGUACCAUUUAUAACACUUUUCCAUCUGAGGUUAUUACUUAUGAUCAAUGGGUGCAAUUAAAACCAGAACCAAAAAGUAUGUUUUCUGGAUGGAUUAAGGGUGCCUUUCGUGGUGGGAAGAAGGAGAUGCAGGAAUCUUUCCAUCAGCAACUUAACUUUAUCCUCAGCACAGCUCCCAUGUGGGACAGACUGGAGCUUAAAGGUAACAAAUAUGUUCUUGGCGAAUUUCUGGAAUUUAAAGGGAAGCAAGAGGAUACUUUGGCUUUGAGAAAUAUCAAGAGAUCGAAAGUUAGUCGCCUUAUCAUCCAGAAGACUAGCAUGUUUGGAUUAGCCCAUUCGAAGCUCCAGGUUUUGUACUCUCCUCGAGAUUAUCGAAGUGAAGGAGCUUCAGCUUCUGAGUGGAAGGAAGUAACUGUAAGAUCAAGUACUGAGGUCAUAUACCAGCCUCAAAAUUCUACCAAAGUCCGCAAGUUCAAGCUUUCUUCUAUCACAUCUAUGUCUCUAAGUGCCUAAGGAUGUAUCUGUCAUGAAGAUUAUAUAUGUCAUCUUCGUUUAUUAAUGAAUCAGAUUGUUGACGAAACCAGUUCCAUAAAUGCAUCAAAUUUUUGUUCAUGUAGGUUAGAUGCAUAUGUUAUAGUGGGGAUUCAGUGAGCUACUUUUACAGGGAACAGAUCCUAAAAGAAGUGGAUGUGAAUAUUACUGUGCUGAGGAAGAAAUAGAUACGAAAUGUUUUAUGCUCGUGGCAAUUUGGUUAGAUAAUAAAAUUAUCUUUUAUAACAUUUUCCCAUUAGUUACUAGUAUUGAAGAAAAAGCAGAAAGUAAUUGGACCUGAUAUUAUGUUAGUGGUGGUUCCAGCCAGCAAUCCUCACGUAAAGUGAAAUGAUAUGCAUUUUCUUUCCUGCUUUAGAUUAUUGCAGGAGCUUCAUGGUUAGCUUAUGCUGCGUCAGCAUGGAUUCUGUUGAUCGUUAUGACAACACCUUACUAAUGAUUCGUGGCAGUUUGUUUGGUUUUUCCCUUCUAUUACUCUCUCCAUUGCAAAUAGCAGAGUACCGAAUUGGCAGAGGUGUAAACGUGGUAUGUUUUUAACAAUCACUGUUCUGCUAUUAUGUUGUUGAAACUAAAUUGCAGACAUCCUUCGUAUGAAAUGGAUGUUGAACAAGAUAUCAGGAAAGAUUGAUGAUGAAGAGCUUCAGCUAUACAGCAAAUUAUCCAUGUCAAAAUUUAUCUUUUUUUUCCUCUGUUUAUUUUCUAGGUUUUAUUCGUUCUUUUGUAACUUGAUUAGUCCUUGAUACAAUCUCAGUCAACUAGCUCCUGCUAGCUUUCUCA